CUCUGACGGCCGCAGUUGCAGGACUGUGGGCACCCGCGUCUCAAGCCCCUUGAUCGGACGGCGGGACGAUCCCGGGGAAGCCUCGCUUAAAAAUGAGGAUGCUUUUUAUUUGCUGCUUAUAUCUGCCUUUCAUCCUUUUGUCAUUCUGUGUUCAGUGCGGAUCAACUGGGAGUGUUUGUAAAAUCACAAACGAAGUGGCAGAUUGUAGCCACUUAAAGUUAACAGAAAUUCCCUCUGAUCUUCCAACAAACAUUACCACCUUGGAUAUUUCUCAUAACCAGUUAAGGACGUUGCCACCCGCAAAUCUUACGAAGUAUAGUCAGCUUGUCUCCUUGGACGCGGGAUUCAACAGCAUCUCUAAACUGCAUCCAGAACUAUGCCAAAAUUUGCCUUUGUUAAAUGGUCUGAACCUUCAGCACAAUCAACUGCAUAUGCUUUCUGACAACGUUUUUACUUACUGUACCCGUCUCAGGGAGCUUAACUUGGGAUUUAACAUAAUAGCAAUUAAAAAUGAUCCUUUCAAAACUCUCAAGAAUUUGAAAUUGUUGGAUGUUUCUCAUAACGUUCUGUCAUCUACAAAAUUAGGAUCCUACCAACAGUUGGAGAGCCUCCAGGAGCUUGUGAUGUCUCAGAAUAAAAUUGUUGAGUUAAAGAAAGAAGACUUCCUUUUUCUUAGUAACUCUUCAUUAAAAAUACUGGACUUGUCAUCAAAUCCCUUAACAGAGUUUCACCCAGGCUGUUUCCGGGCUAUUGGAAAUCUGUAUGGACUUAACUUGAACAGAGUUCACCUGGGGCCUCCUGGAACAGAGAAACUUUGUUUAGAAUUAUCUAGCACAAGCAUCCAGAAUCUCUCACUGAGCCAAGUGCAACUUUCACAUAUUUCCAACUCGACUUUCAGUAGAAUGCAAAAAACAAAUCUUACUAUAUUAGACCUAUCUAAUAACUAUUUGUCUGCGAUUGAAAAUGGUGCUCUUGUCUGGUUCCAAAAUUUAAAGUCUUUAAAUCUUGAGGACAAUAAGAUUGCACAUCUGUUUUCUCAUUCCUUGGAUGGAUUGAACAAUGUGAAUUUUCUGAAUCUGAGAAACUCCAUCAAGCAAAAAAUUGAUGAUUUUGCUUUUCAGUCACUAAAACGUUUAGAGUGUCUUAUUAUGGAUGAUAAUACAUUUCCAGAGAUUACUCCUCAUAUGUUUACCGGUUUGGAAAACUUGAAAAACUUGAGUUUAAGCAAGUGUAUUAUGACCUUGGGAACAACAAAAAGGACCAUAACUAACAGAACAUUUUCAUCGCUUGCUCAUUCUCCUUUGCAGUUCCUUAACCUAACAAGAACUAAAAUCACAGAUAUACAAGCUGGGGCUUUCUCUUGGCUGGGAGAAUUAAAAUCUCUGGAUUUAGGAAUAAAUGAAAUUGACCAGGAGAUCAAAGGUCACGAAUUUCAAGGUCUUAGUAAUAUUGAGACUAUCUAUCUUUCUUACAACAAUCUCCUGACUUUGACAAGUGAUUCAUUUGCAUUUGUUCCAAGUCUUCGAAAGCUGAGACUCAGGAAAGUUGGUUGCCGCAACCUUAAUAUCUCUCCCUCACCAUUCCGCACAUUACAAAAUUUGACAAUCUUGGAUCUUGGCAACAACAAUAUUGCGAACAUGAGAGAGGAUGUGUUUGACGGACUCCACCAACUUGAAAUUUUGGAUCUGCAGCAUAAUAAUCUGGCUCGGCUUUGGAAGCAUGCCAACCCAGAUGGUCUGGUCCUGUUCUUAAAAGGCCUUCAGAACCUACGUCUCCUUGAUUUAGAAUUUAAUGGCUUUGAUGAGAUUCCAGGAAAAGUUUUCCAUGGGUUACCUCAAUUAAGAAGUUUGAAUUUGGCGUCCAAUAAUUUGAACUUGCUCCCCGAGUUUGUAUUUAAUGACCUUGCAUCUCUGACCUCGCUGUUUCUCCAGAAGAACCUUGUUACAGCAGUUGAGAAAGAAGUGUUUGGUACAGUUUUUGCAAACCUGAAAGAACUAGAGAUGGGGGAAAAUCCUUUUGACUGUACUUGUGAGAGUAUUGCUUGGUUUGUUAACUGGCUCAAUGGCAGCAAAACAUAUAUCCCAGGUUUAAAUCAGUACCUAUGUAAUACUCCACCUAAAUAUCAUAGUACUCUGGUGAUACACUUUGAUACCUUGCCCUGUGAUAAUGCCCCCUUCAAGUUGCUCUACAUUGUAAACACGACCGUCACAUUGCUGCUUAUUUUUGUGGUCCUACUCAUCCACUUUAUAGGAUGGCGAAUAAAAUUCCUCUGGAGUGUGUCUGUAAACAGAGUGCUAGGAUUCAGAGAAAUAGACAGACCACAGCAACAGUUUGAUUACGAUGCCUACAUCAUCCAUGCUCAGAAGGACAAGAAUUGGGUGUUCAAGAACUUUAUUCCUCUAGAAGGACGCAAAGAAAACAAUGAACCCAUCAUCCGGUUUUGCUUAGAGGAACGAGACUUUGAAGCUGGAAUAUCUGAAUUCGAAGCCAUUGUCAACAGUAUCAACAGGAGCAGGAAAACUAUAUUUGUUGUCACCAACCAUCUUUUAAAAGAUCCCUGGUGCAAAAGGUUCAAGGUACAUCAUGCCAUACAGCAAGCUAUUGAACAAAGUCGAGACUCCAUCAUACUGAUUUUUCGACAUGACAUUCCUGAUUAUAAACUGAAUCAUGCACUUUGUUUACGAAGAGCCAUGUUCAAAUCUCGCUGCUUAUUGGAGUGGCCAGCACAGAAGGAACGAGUCAAUGCAUUUUACCUGCAGCUAAAAUCAGCCCUUAAAUCUAGCAGUCGGAUACAAUGAAAUUUUUAAACGGUUGUGUUAAAGUAUUUUUGAUUUUUCAUUCAACAGUCAUAAUGCUGUCUCAAAAAUAUUCUUGGAAUAGAGAGGAAAAUGACAGCCCUAACACCACAAAUUUUCCUGUUGUGCCACCAAACAUUAAAAAAUAGUGAAUGGCAUAACUGACUCUGGGCCAGAAUGGAUUUGAAACGGAAGGUCCUUUAUGACAUAGGGCCAACAUAUGUGAGGGAUUGCUUCUCCUCGUGUGAUCCCAUAUGGACAUUUCACUCAGUAUAGUAAUACUGUGUGAUAAUUUGAUAAUUCUGAUGCCUGUCCUACUUUUUUUUUGCUUGUGAACUUUUUCUGUGGCUGCUCCAAUGAUAUGAAAUAAUCUUCUGGAGGGAAUUAGAAGAUUUGUGUUUCUGUUGUAUUUUCAGAGGGCUUGCAAAACAGAACUCUCUAGAAGAGACACUGGCUCCUCAAGAUAAAUGCUUUAUUGGGUGCCUUGAAUUGUAGCAAUUGUUUCUCGUUUUAAUUUUGUUGCUUUUUAAAACUGUUCUUGUUACUGUUUUUAUUAUUGUUACCUACCUUGAGUCCCAGUUUACUGGGAGAAAGGCAGGUUUAUAAAUGUUUUAAAUAAAACAAGUAAGUAGAUAAAUAUUA